AGUAUCGAACGAGAUUCUUAGCGCUUUGGUACGGUUUUUAACGGAGUCGGUGAAUCUCCCGGCGGUGACACCACCCGGGAAAGCUGUGAACGUGUUGACUGACGGCUGGGCAGCCCGGUCGCAAAGGAUUUUCCUGUGUGCCUGUGUGGAUAUUUGCUUUUGGGGCGAAAGUUUUCUCCGGUGGAAAUCUUGCGGGAUUAGUUUGGAGGUCGCCCGGUGCUGGGGAUCUUAGGUGCGGAGUUUCGUGGAAUCCUUGAGGGAACUUUUCCGAGGAGUGCCGGGAAAUGUCUUUUCCCGGGGGGGAAAACAGCAAACUCGUGGAAAUCGUGUGAUGUAGAGUUAUGUAAACAAGUGAAUUUGACGGCGUUGGGAGGCGUUCGGUAAAGUGUCCGUUGAAGGGAGGGAGAUUCCAUCAACUUUAUCGGGGUAGUUUGGCUGAAACUUGGUCCAAUCAAUCGUGGGAAAGUUUUGGGGAGCAGCGGGGUGAGGAAGGCCCCCUCCUACAAAAAAAAGGUCAAUUGGAUUGAAUUGGCCCCGAACCAACCGGGAUUGCCAGCCCGUGUGUGCUCUGAUAAGGGUGAAUCUCGCUGGGAAAAUUUAAAAACAACAAACGGCUGGGAAAAAGUUUUCCCUCACGCGUCCUCGUGUGUCCUCGUGAAAACGACGUGGUCGUGAAAAAAAGGGACAAUCAACGAACCAAAGCAAACAAAAUUGGAAAAAAAACCGUGCCAUAAAGUACGGUAGUUUGUACGAGUGUGUGUGGUUUUGGGGUUUAAAACCGUGGGAGCAAGUGAUUUGCCAGACUCAAUUUUCCCACACCCCCACUCUCAAGUGGAGUUGGCGCGCGCUUAUUGGUGAAGUGAAAAUUUCGUUACAAGUUACAAAUCUUGUUGGCUCGACAGCAGCCGGAAUCGAAUAACCGAGGUUGAGUCUUGUGAGCGGUGAAGACCCCUAAAUUUGGUCAAAGUGAUACCGACUGUGGGAAAAUUGGAAAAGUCUAAAAUGAAGAAGGAAAACAAAGGAUGUUUUUUUGCUGUAAUUUCUUGAUUGGGUUGGCACGCGGCGCUCUAAAAAUAUAAUAUUUCCCGUUGGAGACUGGGAAAAUCCGGAAAAAGUUUCCUCUGAAAGAGGCUUUCCCAGAAGAAAUUUGAGAAGAAAAAGAGUUGAGUGAAAAAACGGAUCAAAAUAAGGCUCCGGUGAGGAAAAAGGAUUUCGCACAGACUUGUUGGAGCUCCCGGCAAAAACGAAGAAGACGUCACUGGGGAGAAAUCAAGUCGAAGGAUAUUUUCUUCUCGCAGAAAACACACAUACGAGCUGGUCCACGUGUGUGUGUGUGCGCGCACCAUUUCUUUGAGUAAAAGCCGCCCCCUCGAUUCACAUAGGAUUGGUCCCCAGCGUGGAAUGUCUUCGACGACGGAAAUGUCGGCAGGUUCUGCGGCCGGAAUGUGAUUUUGAGCUACAGCAGUUUGGACGGUCUACCUUCAGGGAAGAAUCGGCGAAGAAAAAUCCCACCCAUUAAGGCACGUGGGGACACACGUGAAAGGCCCCCUGGUCUCCGUGGCUUUCCGGAACUCAACGGCGAUGGCAGCCGACGAUAAGCCCUCGAAAUAGCUGCUGCUGCGCCCGGGUGUAGAUUUAAAAAGAGACAAUGACGAUGCCGGUGGUGACCGCGGCCAGUGCUCGUUAGGGACCACUUUUCGGUUCAGUUAACCGGCGGGUGCGAUAUCGACUUCUGGCUUCCGGAAUCGACGCCCAGCUUUACGAAGAGGCCCCCUCCGCCCGACUUGGGGGGCACAUCAAACGGGCUAACCUUUGAACUUUGAAACGAACCCAUCAGCAGAGGGCCAGGACUCGACAUCAUCAAACAUCCAGCGGGACGACCGUCCGUUUCGAAACUAGCAGGAUGAUUCUUUGGGGCAGUGGCCGGCGGAGAAGACGCAGGCGGUUGGAGGUGCCGCCGGGUGGAGGAGGUGCUUUUAGUGGAUCCCUGGUGCAGCUGACGAAAUGGUGCACUACGUUGUUCAUCAUCCUGGAAUCGACGGCCGUUGGAAGUGAUCUGUCACCAUCAACGACACAAUCACCGACAAAUGUCAGCAGCAGCAUCAGCAUAGCCAGCAGUUCCUCCACCCUCACCUUCACCAGCAGUAGUGGCCCCUUAAGCACGCAUCCCACCGAUGACCACAGCAGCAGCAGCAGCAGCCCGCCACCGCCUCCGCGGUUUGAGGCCCUGGUGCAACCGCUGCCACGUGGCCACCUUGGCGAUGGCAGUCGACCAACCGCGGCCACCGACGAUGGCGAUGAGGACCCCCUGCUCUUGCUGGGGGGAUUCCGAUUCCCGGCCCAGCUGCACCCACCGGCGGCCAGCAGUGUACGAACUAGCCCCCAGGGGGAGGAGGAAGAUGGCCAUAGUGGGCCCCUCCCCCUGCCAGUGUCCGCCGCCCAAGGCGCCAAAUCCAAUCUAGUUAAUUUAGGUUUAAGCAGUAGUAGUGGUGUUAGUGGUAUUAGUAAAAUUAAAAGUGCUAGCUCAGUAAGUAGUGGUGGUGAUAAGAAGAAGGUGACGGAAGGUGAGUCCGGAGGGGCGGUGAACAGGCUCGAUGGGGAAUUUCGGGGGCCGGAGAUCGAAGGGAACUUCAGCAAGAUGUACUUCGAGACGGAGAAUCUGACUACGGUGUCGUCCCAGGUGGGGUCCAUCGCGGUGGCCCCGCCUGAAACCCUUACUGAAGUCUGUGACACCACCAGCCCCCAUUCGUUACGCGCCGCUUUCACACUCAUCCCCACUACACUUGUGCAGGUUUCCUGGAUCCGGCGGAAAGACUACCAUCUGCUGACGAUCGGAGUCACGACCUACAGCAGCGACGAGCGGUUCAACAUCAUCCGGAGCGAGGAUUCCGAGGAGUGGCCACUCCAGAUCAAAUACGUCCAGCUCCGGGACGCCGGCCUGUACGAGUGCCAGGUCUCGACGCAUCCACCGACGUCGAUAUUUGUCCAGCUGGACGUUGUCGAAGCGAAAGCGGAGAUUUUCGGCCCCUCGGAGAAGUAUCUGAAGCCGGGUUCGACGCUGCGGCUCACGUGCCGGGUUGUCAAGAGCAACGAACCCCCGCUGUACAUCUUCUGGUACCACAACAACCGGAUGAUCAACUACGAUGUCCACCGGGGCGUAAACGUGUCCACCGAGGCCGAUAACCGCUACUCGGAGCUGGUGAUAACGCACACCAACACGCUCAACUCGGGCAACUACUCGUGUGUGUCGAACAACGCGGUCGCGGCGUCCACGCUGGUGCACAUCCUGAACGGUGAAAACCCGGCAGCGAUGCAGCAUGGCGACCACGGUAACGGCGUCCUGGUGGCGGUCCAGUACCGGCUGCUGCUCGGGACGAUUGUAACAUAUCAGGUCAUCAAUCGGUUGCUUUGUGCACGUCAUUAAUGGCAGUUGUGUAUAAAGGUACGAAAAAGUUAUUGAAUUCAGCUAGACAAAAUUGCACAGAAUGCGAGGAAAAGUAAGAUUAUGGUAGACUGAGAGGGUGGAAAAAUGAUGAAAAUUGUGGGAAGAAAAAAACAUUGAAAGGUGCUGUAUUUCUAGCAAUCUGGUCAAGAGAACUGAUGAUUGGAUACUGAGUAAGUAUGUUGCAGGAUACAUUUGAAGGAUUAGAAUUUGUUUGGGAUUAAGAAUUCGAAACUAAAAUUAUAACAGUUUCUUUGAAAUAAUUUGAAAUUCAAAAUUUUGUUUUAAUUUGGUGAAGAAACGUAUUUUGAACUUUUUUUUCUCAUGAAAGUUUUGUAUGAAAAUAAUUUUAUUUUUUCAGUUGUUAGUAAUGAAUCGAAUCGUGAUGUAAAUAUAGGGUUAAGUAUGAAUUAGACUAGAAAACCAAAAUCAUGUAGUAUAACCGAUCUAGAAUGUGACAAGUUGAAUCUGGUACAUCAAACUAGAAGAAAAAAAACACACUCACAGAAACUCUUACUCAGCCCACUGGAAGAGACAACCUAGCUAAAUAAAUUAUAACUUAAAUUCCAUUUCAUCCCCAUUUUGAAAAGAAAAGUCAAACAAAAACUAUUCACAACCAAUCAAUCAUCGUUCAUCCCUGUCCUUUUCUGGAAAAUCAAAACUGUUAACUACUAAUAGAUGGAUGCUGUAACUAAACCACAGAAAAUUAAAGUUGAAGGAAAUCUCCUUUGGUGGUGGAUUUUAACUUUGACCUCAAAACUGUCAAAAUUAAAAUCCACACCCAUGAUUUCUCUACCCAGAAACCUACAGUUAGAUUUAGUGUGUAGCGAUGAUUAUGGAGAAAUUCUGACCCACAAAACCAACUGAACAAAAAAAACUAUGUAUGUCGAAGAAAGCAAACAUUUUUGUAAUAUCAUUUGUACGCGGUGUAAUUUUUGUAAAACUUUUCUCCUCUACCCAGUGCGCAUCAACUUGGAACAAAGCGAACAAAAAAAAAAAUAGAGUCAGUCAACUCCGUUGAACCCAGCAAACCAUACUGAUUACGUAAAGUGGAACAUCCGAAACAAAAACCGAGCAGCGUAAUUGGGUUUUGUUUCAACCUCUGGGAGAAGUUGAACAAAGCCAAUCCAACCAAAACAUACAAAAACUGGCGCAUAGAAUGGUUAAAAAUUCAACAUAAAUGUAAAGUUGUAAAUACAAAAGUGUGUCAGUAAAAACAGUAAAAAAUCAAAAAACCAAAAAAA